AUGAAGUUUUCUCUGACUCCGGUAUCCAGAUCCCUCCUGGACAUGGAUACAGCUAAUUACUGUGAAGGUCUGGACCCCAGCUAUUGCACACUGAGCUUUGAGAAUGCUGACAUGCUGUACAGUGGGGAAAGCAUGCCAGCGGAGCCCAGCAUCAGUCAUGGGGAUAAUAGCGUGGUCUCCAACUGUGCCAUCUGUGGGGACAAGGCCACAGGCAAGCACUACGGCGCCUCCAGCUGUGACGGCUGCAAGGGCUUUUUCCGCAGAAGCAUCAGGAAGAGCCACAUCUACUCAUGCAGGUUCAGUCGCCAGUGUAUCAUCGACAAAGACAAGAGGAAUCAGUGCCGCUUCUGCAGGCUUCACAAAUGCUUCCGAGCUGGAAUGAAGAAAGAAGCUGUGCAGAAUGAACGGGAUCGUAUCAGCUCCAGGAGAAGCACACCAGACUCGCAUGACCUUCCACCUAUCACUGUACUGGCGCAGGCAGAGUCUCUUUCACAACAGAUCAGCAUUGCUAGUCCGACAGGCUCUGCUGAUAUCUCUGAGAAGAAAUCAGCCACCAUCGGGGACGUGUGCGAGUCUAUGAAGCAACAGCUGCUUGUUCUGGUAGAGUGGGCUAAAUACAUCCCGGCCUUCGGCGAAUUGCCUCUUGACGACCAGGUCAGUUUAUUACGAGCACACGCAGGAGAACAUCUUCUGCUCGGAGUAGUCAAGCGGUCAAUGCCAUACAAAGACAUCCUGCUGCUCGGUAAUGGCUGUGUUAUUCACCGAAAUUGCCCCGAGGCAGAGAUCAGCCGAGUGGCUAACCGCAUCCUCGACGAAUUAGUCUCACCCUUCCAAGACAUACAGAUUGAUGACAAUGAAUAUGCAGUUCUGAAAGCCAUUGUUUUUUUUGACCCAGAUGCCAAAAGCCUAAGAGAUCCCUCGAAGAUAAAAAGCACGAGGUAUCAGGUUCAGAUGAGUCUUGAAGACUACAUUAAUGACCGUCAGUAUGACUCUCGCGGACGCUUUGGCGAGCUUCUGCUGCUUCUCCCUACCCUGCAGAGCAUCACCUGGCAGAUGAUUGAACAGCUCCAUUUCAUCAAACUCUUUGGCCUGGCCAAGAUCGACAACCUACUACAAGAAAUGCUGCUAGGAGGAUUGUCCGCAGAACAGCCUUACUUGCACCACCAUGGCCACCCCCAGCUCGCCCAGGAUCCAAUCACGGGCCAGACGUUAGUCAUCAGCUCCAUUUCAGGCCCUAUGCAUGCACAGCAAAUAGCUUCUCCAGAUACCCCAAUCCCAUCUCCUCUUCAAGUUCAGAGCCAGGAGAUCUAUAAGGCCUCCUCUAGUCCGACACUCUUAAUGCCGACACAGUCCAUCUCCAGCAGACCCUCUCCUGAGCCACCACUCUGA